AUGAUAUCACGUAACAAUACAACCUCAAUAAAAUAAUCGUCACAAACACAAGGCCAUAUCUAUUAUUAUAUCAUCAACUAAAUAAUUACAUACCAAUUACCAGUCGACCGAACAAUUUGUUCAAUAGUAAUAAAAUGACUCUCGUGGAGUUAACACCAGGACAGCGACAGCUCAUAGACAAGAUAGCUAAGGAAAAUGGUUUCAAGGACCAUCAAGUCAAAGCCAUAACAGGCAGUGCGAAAGGCGACAACUACCUGGGAGUGAUCACUUCAGUUACCAUCGAAGAUGGCCACAACAAGCUAGAGCUCGUACUGAAAUCAUCACAUGUGGGGGAGAUCAGGAACCAAGUGCCCAUUCGCAAAGCAUACCAGCGCGAGAUAUUCGUUUACGAGCAAGUGUUCACGAAGUUCAAGGAGAUCCAGGAGGAGUACCACAUAUCAGAACCUUUCGAGAGUUUCGCUAAGCUCUAUGGCACCUGUGAUACUGAGAGUAGCGAGUGCUUGGUCAUGGAGGACCUGCGAGAAAGCGGCUACAAAAUGUGGAACAGGAAGGUCCCCAUGAAUCCAGAACACAUAUCUGCAGUGCUGAAAGAGUACGCUAAACUACACGCAGUCUCCUUCGCUAUGAAAGAGAAGCAACCUGAAGCAUUCGAAGACCUGACCCAAAGCAUGAAGAAGCAUAUUUUCGAUGAAUAUUUCCAUGAUGCAGAGAAGACCACUCAGUUCACCGAUACUGUGAUGGGAAGCAUUUUUAGAACUUUUCUUGACGAUCCAGUCACUACGGAGGCUCUGAAGGGUUUCAAGGAACGUUUGCCUGAUGUUUUCGAUGAGGUGUUCAAGCAGCCUGCUAAGGAAGUGGUUAUCGACCAUGGGGAUGGUUGGUGCAAUAACUUGAUGUUUCAAUAUGAGAAUCAACUUGACACUACAUCACCAUCCACUGUUCGUAUAAUUGAUUGGCAAUUAUCCAAAAUCAGCUCUCCAGCCAUGGACUUGGUACACUUCUUCCUGGUCCACAGUUCCAAAGAAGUCCUCCACGACUACGAGAAUUAUCUGAAACUCUAUCAUGAAACCCUCAGCAAAAACCUGAAAGAGUUUUCCUGCGAUCCUGAAACUGUGUUUCCCUACAGCACUUUAUUAGAGCACUGGAACAAGGUGGUCAAAAUGGGCAUCUAUAUGGCUUUCAAUAUGAUGAAAAUAAUGCUGUGCGAUUCUGAGGAAGCUCCCGAUUUAACUGAAAUCAGUGAUGGUGGCAAGAAUAUCAUGGAUGUCAUGAAUUUUACUGCGAAAGAUACCGACACUUUCAACACAAGGAUCAAAGAUUUGGUGGAAUUCAGUAUUGAAAAUGGAUUUUUAUGA